GGCGCCCGCAGCCAAUCAGUAUGGAGCCUGCCGGGACGCAUUACUAGGGCGACGGGUCGGACGCCUCCUGCCAUCGGGAUGGAUUAGCGGUGGGUUCUUCCUUGAGGCUGUGACCCCGCGGAGUCCCCAGUUCGGCCCCUCGUCCCCGCGGCGUCCCCUGCCCGUCACAGGCUGAAAGACAGAAUUUGGACUCUCUUCUGUGAAGCUGACAACAAAAGGAUGAGAUGAUAUGUGUGUUCCAGGGAAAAAUAAAUUGUGAUGCAAUUAACAAGGCAGUUUCUAACUAACGAAUGUACUUUCUAAAAGCAGAACUGUAAAAGCUUUGGAAUCAUGGUGUCAUGGAAAGGCAUCUGCUUUAUACUCACGCUGUUUUGGGGGAGCUUUUUUGGAAGCAUUUUCAUGCUGGGUCCCUUUUUACCUUUGAUGUUUGUAAACCAGUCUUGGUAUCGUUGGAUCAACAACCGCCUUGUGGCUACCUGGCUCACGCUACCUGUGGCAUUGUUAGAGACCAUGUUUGGUGUAAAAGUGAUUAUAACAGGUGAUGCAUUUGUUCCUGGAGAGAGAAGUGUCAUUAUCAUGAACCAUCGGACAAGAGUGGACUGGAUGUUCCUGUGGAAUUGUCUGAUGAGAUAUAGCUACCUCAGAUUGGAGAAAAUUUGCCUCAAAGCCAGUCUCAAAAGCGUUCCUGGAUUUGGUUGGGCCAUGCAGGCUGCUGCCUAUAUCUUCAUAAAUAGGAAAUGGAAGGAUGACAAGAGCCAUUUUGAAGACAUGAUUGAUUAUUUUUGUGAUAUCCGUGAACCACUUCAACUCCUCAUAUUCCCAGAAGGGACUGAUCUCACAGAAAACAGCAAGGCUCGAAGUAAUGAUUUUGCUGAAAAGAAUGGACUUCAGAAAUACGAGUAUGUCUUACAUCCAAGAACUACAGGCUUUACUUUUGUGGUAGACCGUCUAAGAGAAGGAAAGAACCUUGAUGCUGUCCAUGACAUCACUGUGGCAUAUCCUCACAACAUUCCUCAAACAGAGAAGCACCUCCUUUACGGAAACUUUCCCAAGGAAAUUCAUUUUCAUGUCCACCGAUAUCCAAUAGACACCCUCCCCACAUCCAAGGAGGACCUUCAACUGUGGUGCCACAAGCGAUGGGAAGAGAAGGAAGAGAGGCUGCGUUCCUUCUAUCAAGGGGAGAAGAAUUUUUACUUUACUGGACAGAGUGUCAUUCCACCUUGUAAGUCUGAGGUCAGGGUCCUUGUGGUCAAAUUGCUCUCUAUACUGUAUUGGACCCUGUUCAGCCCUGCAAUGUGCCUGCUCAUAUAUUUGUAUAGUCUUGUUCAGUGGUAUUUUAUAAUCACCAUUGUAAUCUUUGUGCUGCAAGAGAGAAUAUUUGGUGGACUGGAAAUCAUCGAAGUUGCAUGUUACCGUUUUUUACACAAACAGCCACAUUUAAAUUCAAAGAAAAAUGAGUAAGAUGAUAAGGUUCACAAUGUAAAAACCUAGGGGAUAUUUUAGAAAUGUUCUAAACCUUUGUAAACUGAGAUGCAUUUUCGCAUGACUUUGUCAAAUAUUUCUACUCUCAUCAUUAUUUGUUAAAGAUAUUUUGCACUUAAUUUUGUGGGGAAAAAUAUUGCUACACAUUUUUUUUAAAAUCUCUGAAUGUAAUUUCAAUACUGUGUAUGUAGCAGGGAGCGAUCGCUGUGAAAUAACUUGGGCCAGAGUAUUAUUAAACAAUCAUCAGGCUGUUAAGAGAUGAGGUACACUCAGGCUUUUCUUACAGGCCCAAUCCUGUUUCUUAACAGACUCCCCAGACCAGAGGGAAACCUGGAGCUUGUGAGCACUGGCCAAGGUCAUGUGCUAACCCUUGACUGCCCAGGUCUCCUCAUCAAGGUCCUUCCUCCAGGUGCCCGAGCAGGUGAGGCCCAGGCUCCCUACCAUGCCAAUCAAACUCAUGUCAUCCUUCCUUGAAAUCAGAAACUGGAACUCACUUGUCCUUAAACUGAUCAAACAUUUUGAGAGGAAGCCCUUCAUCAUUCAUAAAAUCUUGUGCAGACCAAGACAGCAGAAGACCACCUGUGCCCUUUUCUCUUGUGGAAGAUAAAACCUGGAUGUGUCUCAGAGAGCAACCACAGGCUCUCCACUUUGAAACCUUAGUUUGAAUUUUAAAAGAUAGGAAUUAGUACAGUUUAAGUUGCUCACUUAUACUCAAUCUUGAAUGCUUAGUGCUGGUUUCCUUACAACUUGUUGGCAGGUGUAGCUUUUUCUGCAUGAAAAUGGUAUACAUUAAAUCACAUACUUUUUUAAAGGAACAUUUAGAGGAACAUUCUGUUAUUGCAGUCAGAAAUAUUUCUUUAAAACCUACCAAUGGCCGGCCCGUGGCUCACUUGGGAGAUUGUGGUGCUGAUAACACCAAGGCCGUGGGUUCAGAUCCUUAUAUGGGGAUGUCUGGUUAGCUCACUUGGGAGAGCGUGGUGCUCACAACACCAAGUCAAGGGCUAAGAUCCCCUUACCGGUCAUCUUCUAAAAAAAAAAAAAAAAAAAAAAAAACUACCAAAAAAAGAUGGCUAUUGUGUUUUCUACAUGUGCAUGGGUACCUAACUUCUGCCGUUAAAAGAACACAAACGUGCUUGCAGACAAGGCAGUAAUGGUUUAUUUUAAAUUUUUAACCCUUGUAGCCUUGACACAUUUUACUCUUAAAAUCAAAAUAACACAAAAAUGAAUCUUUUUUAAUAAUGGCAAGGAAUCUCUCUUUCUCUUUAGUCCCACAGGCUUCCUCUUUUAAUAAUAAUAUUUAAACCCACUUUUGACUAAUUAUUCACCUAAAUAUUCCUCUCAUGGAAAAUUUAGUAAACCAAUGGCUCUGAUCUUCUUCUGAGACAAAGCAGCGUGGCAUCAUUUCCAUGCUGUGGGCGCUGGCCCUCCUUUUUUUUGCCAGUCAUAGGGAUGCUGGUCAGAGCUGCAGAAAAUAUGAGGCAAUUAAAAGUCUUUGGCUGUUAGCAAAUCUGUGGGUUUUACUCCUGCAUUAAACCAGCCUCAAAAGCUACUUAUUACAUUAUGUACUCUUUGGGCAUGAAUGCCUUCUCUUUAAUGACAUCUCAUUUUUGCUUAACAGUGACUUUUACCCAAUAAUUGAAUCGUGCAUUGCCAUGAAAGGUAAACACAUCGUGAGCUGAGCUCACCAAGCAGAUUCUUUGAGAAAACACUGGUUGAGGCAGAACACUGUUGACACAAAAUGUUGAUGGGAAGAGUAUGAACUAGUGCCUCUUCUGAAACACACCAGCAUAUUUAAUUGUUCCCUCAAAGCAUGUUUUUAAUCCUGCUGGAAGCUACUAAUUUGUUAUUCGGCGCAUCUGCUCCAAACCCAGCUGUUUAACACCGUGGUUUUCAAGGUGGUGUUUUUUUUGUUUGUUUUUUUUUUAAACUUUUUUUUCUUUCCUUAAUAAAAAAAUUUUCCAAUUUAAGUUUCUCUAAGACUUCCUUUGGUUAUAUUUGGAAACACCACAGAAAUAGUUUAACAAUUAGGAUUGCAUUUGUCGGGUAAGAGAGAAAAGCUGUGCUUUCUACCCCUGCAAACUUACAUGGCUCAUUGUUCAAAGCAUCACUUCCUGUGAAUUGCAUGUCCUCUUCAACUCCGAAACCUGUGAAAAAAGGGAAAAUCUUUUUUUUCUUUUAAAAAUUUUUUCUUUUGAUCAUAGAAAACAUGUUUAAAGUAAAAUACAAACUUUAUUUUACCUACCCAAAAUUCAUAGUUAUAAAGUGCUAAAACUGGGGAUAUAGACUUUGUACUUGCUUUAAGAAUUAGAAAUAACUCCAAGAAGAAAUGUCUGGUUUUGUGUAUUUUUGUAAUAUGGCUUUUUUAAAAAAUUGUAAUUAUUUGUGGUUCCCUUCACAUUUGUCUGUGUUAAAGCCUUUUUCUUCUUUUAUUUAAAAAAAAAAAAAAGGAAUUGUACAGUUAAUGAUUUGGAACUUUAAACUAUUUAAAAUUGAUAUUAAAAUGUCAAGUAAAAAUUAAUAGUUGUGAUUGUCCUCAGGAAUUAUCCCUUCCACACCUUCCCACUUCAGAACUCUGCACCCAAAGCAGCUUGUCUUGCUAUGGCUAGACACAGUUUCUGCGUAAUGCCUGUUCAGUCAUUUGAAGGUAAAUUCAGAAGACUCUGAAAUGGGUGCAGUGCUGUAUGUCCAGCUGUUAAGUGUAUCAUUCUGAAAGGUUUUAAAUAAAGUGAGUGUGGUUCAUUUAUGACAUGUACUCCUGUGCCUAAAAUAUGAACCUACAAGCAGGGGCACUGAUUAGGUAACAUGUAAUUCUUUGGAAGAGCAUAGUAAAAGACUAAAAAUAUGAAUAUAAAUGUUAGAGCCCAUAAUCUGACUCCCAGUAAAAUCCUUAUUAGUUAUGCUGUUAAAAUGCAUAUUAGUUUCCACUUGAGUCACUUUUAAAUUAGUUACUUCAACAGCACCAUGUCAAAAAUUAUAUGUUGGUUUCCAAGACUGAAUUCCACAGAAAGAAAGACAUUCCCAUUUCACCAGACUUCAAACUCUGGCCCUGACCACGGUGCCCCUGUGUACUUUUACAAUGAAGACUCUAAUGAAGGGAGGCUGUUGGUAUUAAAUUGUUUACAUUUCUUUAUACAAAUAAUGUGCUUUCAGUGCCUUAGUUACAGGUCCCUUUCUUUUUCUUGUUCCAAGAAUUCUGCAAUGUGUUUCUUAGGUAAAGCCUGUUUUUGCUAGUCACUGGGAGAGAAAUGGUCUCUGAGCACUGGUUACUGUGGUUGGUAAACACUACUCUGUUAUAAGGUGUGGAGAAGAGAGCUUGAUGCUGGGGUAGUGGCUGCCUUCGGGCUGUUAGGUAGAAAACGAAAAUGGCUUUGCCACACGGUGAGCUUCAGAUUAGAUAUGGCCCUAAAAUUGUCUUGUACUUAUCUUACAUUUUUAUUUUGGAAGAGAAUCUUGGUUUUGGUAAUUCAUUUUUUAAAAGAUCAUUAUGUGCAAAACACCUAAGUUUUAAAAAUAACUCACAGAAUGGCCUUAGCUUUCAAUAUCCACUGAUAUGUUUGUGAGUUGUGUUAUCUGUAAUAUACAUCCCAGAAUAAAGUGAAGUGAAUUAAA